AGUUUUCCAUUCACGGUGAUUUUCUCUUUCGAGUACACCUGGCCAUUUUUCCAUUUCCAGUCAGAGACUUGACUUCACAGAUUUUGAGAAUGACUACCAUGUGGAAGCUGGUGGCUCUUGCAGCUGCGUUUGUGACGGUUUCAUCUUCGGCCAUAAUGGAGCCUAAUCUCGAAGUUGUGCCAUCCAAGGAGGAGCAGCUGAUGCAACUGUACAGUGAGGACUUGGCUGAAAUGACCCCACAAGAAAUCGCCAAGUUUCUCCUUGUCGACUUUAAUUCCGUUAGUGCUUCAGACGUCAUGGGUGAAGGAAUUUCGGGUUCAUGCACAACAUCUAAACAAGAUCUCUCAGCUGAGUGCUGUACCACAUUGUCUCUCGAGCCCUUCUUAGACGAAACCGCCAAAGCAUGCGCUUCCGUCAAGGUUCUUAAAAAAGCUUAUGGCCUUCACAUCAAAAUAACCGCCUUUGGAAGCACAGUUUACAACAAAGAGAUAUCAGCCCGUGAACCACCAUCGAUUUGCGUUGGCGUCCCUAAAGUGAAACUGGCUAAAGUCUGCCUGGACUUCAGUAAAAUCGACUGGACAAACGGCUUCCAUGCAUGCAUGGCAUUUAAAGUCCAUGCCUUUUUUACGACUGUGUUGAAUCAACAAAUUGGAUGCAUUAACAUCUAACAAGGUUGACCUAGCUCACCUGACUUUUAUCGUAAUUAUUCCGGCAGAUUUUGAACAGACUAACCUGCAUGCUCUGCUUCUUAAAGCUAUUAGAGUAUAACUGACACAAAGGGUGUAUGUUAUAGAAAGGUUUUUCCCAAAAUAUUGCACUAAGCUCAAUCUUUUUGAAGAAAACUUUUGUUUCAAACUUCCGUUUAGAUGAAUAUUAUGCCUCUUAAUUUUUAAAAUUAAUUAUUCUCAGCCGAAUAAACAACAUCUGGGUGCAACCUUGCUCAUUGAUGACAAUUUAAUUUUCAGCAAGCCUUUCCCGGUGAGGGUUACAAAAAAUGGAGUUUUAGUUUCUAAGUUUUGCUGCUUUGCAGCGACUCUACAAAGUCAACGUGUAUCAAAGAAACUACGUACAGAUUAUCCACCCUUGUUACAGAUUCACAUUUUGUUAAAAAACAAAACAUUCAGCUAAACCAACCUUUCCUGACCAAUGCAAUACCUGCCAUUAUGUGUGAAUUGUCGAAGUCAUAAAUAUGUCACCACUGGCUAACCUUUUCUUAAUCAAAGUGCACAGAGGGAAAAGUGAACAUUAGACAGAGGCUUUCCUAAGAAGAUUUCUAAUUAUGUCCUUUUGGGGGGCGUUCUCUGCAGUUGGGUGAUUCCGUGGAGGCACCUACGUCAAUUGCUGACACAAUUGUAGAACGUUGUGACCAAAUUGUCUCAGAUUUGUAAAACGAUCCCUAUUCAUUUUUUUUUCUGUUUCUUUCAAGAUAAAUCAGACGGAGGCCUUUUUAGGAAGACUUCUCGGUAUGUUCUGUGGGGGAAGUGUCCUUUUGGGGGCGUCAUCUGGAGGGAGGGUGCUGAAUUCAACAAUACGGAAAUACAUAGCCGAUACUAAACAAACACGGAAAAUUCCUGCUAUACCUGUUUGCCUUUCUAGCACAAAAGCUGGGCCUAGACAGUGUACAUAAUUCCACGUGGCCAGCCUCUCUGGGCGUAUAGGCUCGGCCCUGUCAAUCACAAGGGCUUAUCCAGGUCUGCAGGUCAACACACUAUUUUUUUACAGUGCUGGCGCCAACCACAAGCCGCCAGACACACUGGCAAGUAUCCCAAACAGUGGCCUGAUACAUUUUCCAAAGGGGGAAGGAGUAUUUUAGAGGGGAGUAGGUAUUGCGUGCAUUAACAUAAUAAUGUAGUAGUGUUUUGUGCACAAACGUAUGAUGAUGGGUAUGACCUCCCGUUUCAGUCACUGCAAGGGCGAUCCCAUAAUUGACUCUCAAAAGGUAGAUGGGGAAAAAGUUAGGAAAAGUCACGGGAGUUCGAUCAAGUGAUGCGUGGCAGUUGGAGGAACAAUCAAAUCACGUGAUUUCUGAGGCCUUUUGGUCACAACCUCCCAACUUGUAGUCUUCAAGUGUGUCCUAGUUAGCAGUUAAAAUUUUAAUUUCUUUGCACUUUAUCCCUAUCCUCACUGGUAGAAUCGAGUCAAAACGUGAACAUAAUAGGCAUUUUAGACUCUGUUCGUGUAUUUGCUUCAUAUCUUCAGUUAAAGAUUGUCAAAAUAAAAGCCUCUCGUGUUUUGUUGUGGGAAAUGAGCAACAUUAAUUUGAAUUUAGAACUCACAAAACAAAGCAUAACUUUCAGUUAAGCCUCAAUGGUUGUGUUAGUAUACAAAUAGUGUUUAAGCAAGGUCGUUAACAGCAACAGAACAAGAAAUUGCUAGGUGCAAUUUGAGAGACACGUUAGAUCCUUUUGGGAGAGGAUAAAGAAUAUGAAUAAUUAAAUAAAUACAACGAGCAGCAAACGAGA